GAUGUGCUGAAAGGGAUGUCUUCAAGCAGGCGUCUGACACUUUCUACGAUGCGUGCGGCAUCUGGUAUCCUACAGGACCGUGUGGACGGAAUAAAUGGAACCACCGAUGGAAGUCGACUCUCCCAGCUCUCUCUGACCCAGGCAGCCUACUCUUCGGCACCUCCGCUCUGCCACACCCCGGCCUCCGACUUCCAGCCGCCCUACUUCCCGCCGCCGUACCCGCAGCCACCCCUCUCCUACUCGCAGAGUCAGGAGUCCGGCUACCCGCACCUGUCUGACCCCUACUCGUCGCUCAGCCAAAUCCAUCAGCAUCCGCAGGCCGCGUGGCACACCCAGCGAGCCAGACAAGAAGAGGCCGGCAUUCUGUCGCAGUCACAUCGGGCCCUGAGUCUUGACCCUCGCAGAGACUAUCCAGGGGUCCCACGGCUCAUCCAUGGACUUGGAGAUGGAGGUCCUGGACUAGGAGAUGGCCCGCUGGGCAUGCACGGUUUAGGGCACCAUGGUCUGGAUGACAUUCAGGGAGUCGAUGAUACUCCGGCGAUGGGACUGCUAGACCACUCUGUCAUUAAGAAAGUUCCUUUGCCAUCGAAGAUGAACGGCAGCUCCAUCUCGGCACUCUCCCUCAACAAAGAUGGCCUCAUCGGUGGCGUUUCAAACCCCAGUGAGGUGUUCUGCUCGGUCCCAGGCCGUCUCUCCCUGCUUAGCUCCACUUCCAAAUACAAGGUGACCGUCGGGGAGGUCCAGCGGCUUUCCCCACCCGAAUGUCUCAAUGCUUCUCUCUUGGGGGGCGUGUUGCGCAGGGCAAAAUCCAAAAAUGGAGGUCGAUGUCUACGGGAAAGGCUGGAGAAAAUUGGUUUAAAUCUGCCAGCGGGACGACGCAAGGCUGCCAAUGUGACUUUGUUGACGGCACUCGUGGAGGGCGAGGCUGUACACCUGGCGCGAGACUUCGGGUACGUGUGUGAAACGGAAUUCCCUGCCAAAGCCGCCGCCGAGUACCUAAGCCGACAGCACGCCGACCCGUCCGAUCUUCACACCCGCAAGAGCAUGCUGCUGGCCACCAAGCAGAUUUGUAAAGAAUUUGCAGACCUGAUGGCUCAAGACCGGUCACCUCUGGGCAACAGUCGGCCAUCACCAAUUCUGGAACCAGGGGUGCAGAGCUGCCUGACGCAUUUCAGUUUGAUAACGCAUGGCUUUGGGACCCCCGCUAUCUGUGCAGCUCUCACCGCCUUCCAGAACUACCUGGUGGAGGCCCUCAAGAGCCUGGAUAAAACUUUCUUGAGCACCAAUGGCCAUAGUGAACCAACGGGGAAAGCGGGCAGCGACAAGGAGCUGAAACACCGCAAAUAGCACCCCUGGCAUGCACAGCUCAGGACUGAUUUAUGAAUUUGGGGG